AUGGCGGGACAGAAGGCCUGCGCCUGCGCACUCCGUGAGCUUGGCUUGCACUCCCAGAGAGCUACUGGGCGCCAAGCCCGGGGUCAGCACCCGACGGGAUCAGUCGGUAUUGGCCGGUCUACCACCUUCUUUCCGUGGACUACAUUUCCCAGAAGUCCCAGUGACUCCAGUCAGCUUUUGGCGCGUUCUUUGUCUCCGCCGGAGCUCGUGAGACUGUCUCACUGGUUGGGGGAGCUGUGUAAGAGCCGGGGUCGGAGGCUAUCCCGGGAAACCGGAGGGCUGCCGUGCGCUGUUGGAGGCUGGGGGAGGGUAAGGGCGGGAUCUCGGGCGCAGCUACAGCCGGACGCCAUCUUGCCCAUCGCGAGUGCCCCCGAACUACAUUUCCCAGAAAGGGCUGCGUCCCCUUGUCCUCCCCACAGCGGGGGAGCUGGCUCAGAGCAGAGCUGUCACUGGACCCAGUUAGUGGCCUGCGUACUGUUCCACCCAGCGAGAUUUGAGUUGCACUUACUGUCGGAAUGGGCUGAGGAGGAACUCCAUGGGCAGGUCUUGGUGACUGGGAGAUGCCAGACUAAUUACCCGGAAUGGAGGGAAGGACAGAGUGGCCAUUUUCUCUCCAUCUCUUGCCCAGAUCAACCAGAGGCUCUGAAACAUCCAUUGCCCACUUGGGAUGACUGUCAACAGCUCUUACAGGUUCUUUUUACCACUGAGGAGAGAGAAAGGAUCCAGGUAGAAGCCCGGACAUCACUUCUGGGUGACAAUAGACAGCCCACCCAGAACCCAGAACUCAUAAAUACUGCCUUUCCCCUCUCUCGUCCAAACUGGGACUACAAUUCAGCAGAAGGUAAGGAGAGACUCCAGGUCUAUCGCCAGACUCUGUUGGCAGGUCUCAGGGCAGCUGCACGAAAGCCCACUAAUUUAGCUAAGGUAUAUAAUGUUCAACAAGGCAGGGACGAAAGCCCAGCAGCAUUUCUAGAGAGGAUCAUAGAGGCCUUUAGACAGUACACCCCCAUGGAUCCUGAAGCUCCAGAGAAUAGAGCCGCUAUAGUUAUGGCUUUCAUCAACCAAGCCACUCAAGACAUAGAGAAAAAAUUACAGAGAGUAGAGAGAUUAGGAGAAAGGAGUCUGCAGGACCUGGUAGUGGUGGCAGAAAGAGUUUUUAAUAAUCGAAAGAGCCCAGAAGAACUACAGACAAGAAUAAACGACCACCAAAUUUGA